GCGAGCUUUACCAUUAGAUAAGUCGCUCCAUUGCCAAAACCACCCAGUAUGCUGCCAACAUCUGCGCAGGGUUGACGUCCUGCGUCCGCAAUAUCUCUACGAUUUCCCGCGUUUCCAACACCAUUUUCGUCCGCUUUAAGUUUAAAAAUUUAGUGUCCUUAUGAAGGAAGUAAUUUUAGUUAUUCUUUGGGAGCUAACAAAUAGGCGGUGUUUUCAGGAUAAUAAUUUUUAUAGAAUACUAGAGCGGAUAACACGAGAAUGAAACGAAAUGAGUCGUCAAGGAGCGUCACAAGGUUCUCUGGGCGCAGGGGCUCACAGCGGCCGGCGCUGACCCUCAGCUUCCGACAGAACUCGCUAACGAUCAGCUCUCUCGCCCAGCAGUCUGCUUUCAUAGCGGAAAGGGAGUUCAAGGAGCAAGGUGCGGAUCCUAAUGCUCAAACUAGCGCAGUCUCUUGGUUUAGUUUAUACAGAUUCGCUAAACCAUGGGAGUUCGUAUUGCUAUUCGCUGGCGUGAUAUUCGCCUCGCUAAACGGCCUGUUCGUGCCCGUUGGCGUUAUUAUCUACGGCGAAUUCACUUCCCUACUGAUAGACCGCACUGUGAUGAAUGGAACAUCGACAUCAACGCUUACGAUCGCGUGGUUCGGCGGAGGCAGGAUUCUUACAAACGCAAGUCGAGAAGAGAAUCGUCUGGCCCUAAUAGAAGAUUCUCAAGCAUUUGGUAUCGGCUGCACCGUGUUCUCCGUGUUACAGUUCCUUGUGGGGGCCAUCAGCGUAGACCUGUUUAAUUACACUGCACUCAAACAGAUCGAAAGAGUAAAAGAAAAGUUUUUAAAAGCCGUCCUACGUCAAGAUAUCACGUGGUACGACCUCAAUACUUCGAUGAAUUUCGCCACUAAAGUUUCAGAUGACGUAGAAAAGUACCGUGAAGGAAUCGGUGAAAAGGUUCCUAUGCUGAUCUACCUCGUGAUGUCAUUCGUGACCGCUGUCAUAAUAUCUUGUGUCUACGGAUGGGAACUAACGCUCGUCAUACUCUCCUGCGCCCCUAUCAUCAUCGCUACUACUGCAAUUGUGGCUAAGGUUCAAUCAUCGUUAACAUCUCAAGAGUUGAAAGCGUACAGCGUGGCCGGUGUCAUCGCCGAGGAGGUUUUAUCGUCGAUUCGAACUGUCGUAGCGUUUGGUGGCGAAGAAAAAGAAAUAAACAGGUAUCAGAAACGUUUGGAUCCAGCUAAGAAAACCGGUAUUAAAAAGGGUAUAUAUUCGGGUAUAGGUAGCGGGUUCAUGUGGCUUAUCAUUUAUGCGACAUACGCUUUAGCGUUUUGGUAUGGAGUUGGGUUAAUUUUGGACAGUCGGCAUGAAGAAAACCCGGUUUAUACACCAGCAGUAUUAAUGAUUAUUUUCUUCAGUGUUCUCCAAGGCGCUCAAAAUGUUGGCCUUACGGCACCACAUCUUGAAGCAAUAACGAGCGCCAGAGCCUCCGCUGGAGCAAUUUUUGCAGUACUUGAUAGAAAACCGACCAUAGACAGUCUGUCGCAAGAAGGUAGUAAACCGGUGCUAGAAGGAGAUAUGGAACUCAAAAACGUGUACUUUAGGUAUCCAGCUCGACCUGAUGUCCAGGUUCUAAACGGACUAAGUUUGAAGAUAAAUAAUAACGAAACGGUCGCUCUUGUCGGUGCAAGUGGUAGCGGCAAGUCCACUGUACUUCAACUUCUACAAAGGAUGUAUGAUCCUGACUCGGGAUCUGUCACAGCAUCCGGAAACGAUUUAAGAGAUAUCAAUGUAAGGCACUUCAGGAACCAUGUCGCUGUUGUUGGACAGGAACCUGUCUUAUUCGCUGGUACUAUUAAGGAGAACAUUCGUAUGAGCAACCCGUCUUGCACAGACGAAGAAAUCAUUAUAGCUUCCAAACAAGCAUACUGUCACAGCUUCAUCAGGAAUUUACCCGACGGAUACGAUACUUUAAUCGGAGAACGAGGCGCCCAAUUAUCUGGCGGACAAAAACAACGUAUAGCAAUAGCAAGAGCUUUAGUCAGAAAGCCGAAGAUUCUUAUUCUUGAUGAGGCAACAUCCGCUCUCGACUCGCAAAGUGAAGCAAAAGUUCAAAGAGCUUUAGAUGCGGCUGCGCAUGGAAGAACUACAAUUAUGGUUAGCCACAGGUUAGCAACUGUUUUAAAUGCCAAUCGAAUCGUAUUUAUUGAAAAGGGCGAAGUAGUAGAAGAAGGAACUCACGAAGAACUUUUAAAUCUAAGGGGUCAUUACUAUCAAUUGGUAUUAGAAAACGAACCAAGCAUUGCGCCUAGUGAAAAUACAGACAACACAACUAAUCAUGCGAAAAUUAGAAGAUCGAAAUUACAAAAAAUGGUUUCCCUCGAUUCAAUGAAGAGUAGCUCGAUCGAUGAAGAGGAUUCAGGUUCAGAAGAUAGUGUUGUAGUUGAAGAAAAGGAAGAAAAAGAAUACGAACCUACGACUUGGGAAAUUUUGAAACUUUGUGAACCGGAAAAAUAUUUAAUGGCUGUUGGAAUUAUUGCUGCCAUCGCUGUUGGUUCUUCGUUUCCGUGUUUUGCUAUACUUUUUGGUGAAACAUAUGGUUUGUUAGAAAGUAAGGACGAAGUCUACGUACGUAAUGGUACCAAUAUUAUAGCUAUACUUUUCUUGCUAGUCGGAUUAUAUACCGGCAUAGGAAUCUUCUUUCAAAUCUUUGUUUUUAACGUCACAGGUGUAAGACUUACGGCUAGACUAAGGGUAGCAGCUUUUAGAGCGAUGUUAAAGCAGGAAAUAGGCUGGUUCGACGACGCUGUCAACGGCGUCGGAGCUCUGUGUGCUAGACUUGCCUCGGACGCUGCGGCUGUACAGGGCGCAACCGGUACUCGCAUCGGUGCACUAAUGCAAGCAACGGCCACCAUCCUCAUCGGUAUAAUUGUCUCCAUGUAUUACACUUGGGAAAUGACCCUGGUCUCGUUGGUGUCAGUUCCCAUGGUCAUAGUAGCCGUAGUAUUGGAAGGACGAGUUCUGGCUGAAGGGAUAGCUACAAUACGGGAGGCGUCGAACAAAGCGACUACCAUAGCGACUGAAGCUAUCACCAAUAUACGAACUGUUUCCGCGUUCUGCGGCGAGGAGGGCACGCUGGCGCGCUACCGCGCGGCGGGCGGCGGCGCGGGGCAGGCGGCGCGCCGCAGCCUGCGCUGGCGCGGCGCCGUGUUCGCGUUCGGCCAGACGGCGCCCGUGGCCGGCUACGCGCUGUCGCUGUGGUACGGCGGCGUGCUGGUCGCCGAGCGCCGCGUGCACUACAAGGACGUCAUCAAGGUGUCGGAGGCGCUGAUCUUCGGCGCGUGGAUGAUGGGCCAGGCGCUGGCCUUCGCGCCCAACUUCGGCGCCGCGGUGCUGGCGGCCGGCCGCGUCAUGACGCUGCUGGCGCGCCGCCCGCGCGUCCGCAGCACGCACGCGCCCUCCGUGCCCGAGGCCUACACGGCCAAUGGCAAAAUCCAAUACAAGAACAUAAAGUUUCGCUAUCCGACUCGUCGCGAAGUGCAAGUGUUGCGCGGUCUCUCCCUCUUGAUACCGAGCGGGAAGCGCGUCGCUCUGGUCGGGCCCAGCGGCUGCGGCAAGUCUACUCUCAUACAACUGCUGCAGAGACUGUACGAUCCGGAUGACGGCAAUGUGUAUCUAGAUGAUCACAGUAUCGUCAGCGACAUGCGACUGACAACUCUACGUCGCAACCUCAGCAUAGUAUCACAGGAACCAGUGCUCUUCGACCGAACUAUUGCCGAGAAUAUCGCCUACGGAGACAACACCAGAAAUGUACCGAUCGAAGAGAUUGUCACCGCAGCAAAGGCAGCAAACGUGCACUCGUUUAUCGCUGCUUUACCUGAUGGCUACUCAACGCGCAUCGGUGCACGCGCAUCGCAGUUGUCGGGCGGUCAGAAGCAACGCAUCGCUAUCGCUCGCGCGCUCGUGCGGAACCCGCGCGUGCUUCUACUGGACGAGGCCACCUCCGCGCUCGACACGCACAGCGAGCGGGUAGUUCAAGAAGCCUUAGAUAGAGCUAGUGAAGGCAGAACAUGUCUCAUCAUCGCCCAUCGCCUUGCAACCAUACAGAACGCUGACGUCAUCUGCGUCAUAGACCAGGGAGUAGUCGCCGAAAUGGGAACUCACAAAGAACUAAUCGCUCUGAAGAAAAUCUACGCAAGGCUGUACGAACUACAAUGUGGCUUCGUGGAAGAAGCAGAGGAAGAAAAUUUGCCAAAUGGAGUAACUUCAUAAGUAAUUUAAAUUAACAAACUUAUUUUAAAUAUUAGUCAUAUGUAACAGAAUCGACUAGCCCAUAAGUAAUAAAAUAAAAUAAUUUAAAUUAUUAGAAAACUUUAAUAAAAAAUAUAUUUUCGAAACUAAAAUAAGUUUUUAAAAUAGUGCCUUUUGCGUUCAUUUCACCGCAGCGUUUUACUAAUAUUUUGUCUAUUUCUUUAGGCUAAUACAAAUAAAAAAAAUAAGAAAUAGUGUUUGAAAUGGAAUUGUUAUUAAAAUAAUAAAUAUGUCUACUACUUUGUUAAUUAUAAUGACACUAUAAGGUAAGGUUUCUAGUCAAUUUCUGAACUUUAUAGUUUCGUAUAUUUAAAAAAUAAAUUAUAAAAUGGAGUUGUAUGAAAUUACUUAACAAUUCUUUUUCUGUUUAGUAUAAACUUCCUAAAAUGAUAAUUUUCUGUAGAUAAUA